AAUAAAGUUGUUAUUUUAAGAAUCUGAAGAUUUUAGUUUUAUUUAAUGUUUUAAAACAAUAAUUAUUAAGAAAAAUGUCUCGGAUGAACAGACCAGGCAAGAAAAAUGCCUUAUUACAGCGAAAGGAAAAGCUUUUAGAAGAAUUGAAAUUAUGUGACAAACAAAUUGAGAAAGCUAAACAAAAUCAAACAAACAAUAAUUUCAAAUAUGAAGACAGCUCAGAUUCGGACACAGAACUUACUUUACGUAUGGAUAAAGGUAAAUCAUUGCCGAGCUUAGUGAGGAAGAAAUCUAUAUUACAGACACGUUGUAAUGCAACAGCGGAGCUCACAGGUCUUGAAGUGCUGGAGUCAACUGUGAAUAUCCUAUUAGAGUGUCCAGAAAUCAAUGGAGAGUCAGCAAUAACUGAAGAAGGUGUUUGGCAUGAAGCAAUAGCGGAGUGCAAAGUGGAUCUAAUACCAUUCACAAUAUCUUUCUAUGUACAUCAACCAAACCGUAACUUUGGUCAGCCAUCUUACAGAUGUCUUAAAGUAGUGGCAUCAAAGGAAGCGAAUGAGAGAGAACUUGCUAAUUCUGUUCUUAGCAAAAUGAAAACUCCAAGCGAAGCUUUUGAGGUAUUAAAAAGUUAUGCUGCAGCACACAGAUCUAGACGCACGACGCUCGCUCGUCUCGCCGAGAUGUAUGGAGAUGAUUUGUUUAUGACACCAUUGUCAGAAGGAGGUUAUCAACUUCAAUGUGCAAAUAUUCUAGAACUUUCCUGGACAUUAGAGAGUAAACCGUCCACAGUAGCUUACUUUAGGCAUAGAAUGAAACUCAGCCUGGAAUAUAUGGAUGAAACAUCUCUCAAAAUAAUAACACAAGCAAACAAAGAAAUGUCUAAUCCAUCUGUUGAUACUGAAGAGAGGACGUCCCUCCUUUCCAAGAUCAUCAGCACAUGUCUUAAAGCGCAAGAUAAUUCAGGAUCAGAUGUAUCCAGGGUACAGAAGAGACCGAAUGAUGCAACGGACAUACCAAUGGCUAAGAAAAAGAAAGAAAACGAAGUUAUGGGACCACCAAAGGCAUUGCCGAAGAAAAUUAAAAUUAAAAACAAGAAAAAUAGUGAAAAUUAUAGUAAAGAAAUUAAUAAAUCUAAGAAAAAUGUAUCUGAAGGAUCAAAUGAGAAUCAAGUUAAAAGUAAUAAAGAAAAAGAAUUAAAUAAAAAUACUGAAAAAACUAAAAAUCAUGUCAAAGUGAAAGGUUUUGAUAAU